AUGUACGACAAAGUCCACGGUAAGUGUUCGUAUGUUGGUGAUUUUUAAGUUUGAGCGUCUUGAAGCCUUGAGGAGCUUAGAGGGUGGGAGGGGUAGUGAGACUUUGAACUUUAAGGGUUGGCAAGGGGUGGUAUGGCUUCGAAUAGUUAAUAUAGGCUAUAAGGUUGUUCAGAUAAUCCUGUGCUCCCUCUUAAAGCAUUUUUAGGAGUUAGAGGCUCAGGAUUAUUUGAAAAACACAGUAAGGUUAAAAAGGCGUUAACGGAGGACUUAAACUUAAAAAAUUAGUUAACACGUAUUUAAAAUGGCAUAAAAUACAAAAAAGGCUUCACAAGUUAAAAGUUUUAAUAAGGCUUCAAAAUGGCUUAAAAUAUGUUUUUUUAAAUUUAUAGUUUUGUCUGUAUUCAAAGGUAUUGUAACAUAUAAUUAUGUUCUGACACGUAUACAAGCUACUGUAAUAUAUAAUUUUAAUUAAUAUUUUUAAACAAUAACAUAGUUAUGUUUUGAUACGAUAAUAUAUGUUAUUAUAUUCUACUGAUUUCUAAAAUGGAUGAUAUUACAGCUGUCGAGAAUGGACUGACCACUAAAGGAAAGGACACCAAACUCGACCAAAGGUAAGCAAAGUUUCAUUUUCAAUUUGAAAAGUUGUUUAAAUAGUGUUGCGCCUUUUAACACUGAAAAUUUGCUUUGAGAGGGAGCACAUAAUUAAUUGAACAACUUAACAAAAAAAUAUUUGUAAAAAUUAAAUUUUUUUUAAAAAAUGUGCAGUUUUGAGCGUUCGACUGGUGUUAUUUUAUGAAGGUAGCUAAUAUUUUUUGGCUAGAAAUUUCAGUUUCAUAUAAAAAAAUUUUAGGUAGGGAUACUUUUCUUCCUGGUUCAGGUAUAUAAGUAUGAAAGUAGACAAUAACACUCCUUUAGGUAUAAACAUGUCUGUCCGUUUCUACGCAUAAUAUGUAAAUAAAAGGGCAUAUUAUGUUCCCAUUAGCAUUCUUGUAACUUGGCUUCUAAUUACCGUACUCUUUUGACUCUUUGCUUUCGAAAGGUUCAGGUAUAUAACGCUUGAUACUUCUCUGUAUGUUGAACAUGGUUUUUCACUUCCUUAUAAAAACUAAUUGUUGUUGGGCCUUUAAUAAUAAAAAACUAUUUUCUGGUAAACCUUUUAGUAUUCUGGCAAAACUGGUAACAUGGCUAUACCUAUUGAAGAUAUUAAAGCAAUCUUCACUAAACCUGAAGCUACUAAAACUUUGAAAUCAAGCAGUACAAAGGCUAUUUCUGAUACUUUUUCUAUAACAAGUUAUAUUAGUUGUAAACACUCAAACUGCAACAACCUUACGCCUUCAAAUUUACUGCCUUUAACCUCUACUAAACCUACUGUAACUUUUAGUAAUGGAUGGUCAAAGCCAACAGACGAGAAACCUCAGACUGAGCACGAUGAAAGCCGUCUGUCUUUUACCUUACAGUCUUUUUUCCCAUUUUUACUGGCUGGAUUUGGCAUGGUGGCAGCUGGGAUCUUACUGGACAGAGCUAGCAGUUGGUACUUUUUAACUGAAGUGCCUGAAGCACUAAUCAUGGUACCGGCUUUGUUAGGGCUAAAGGGCAAUUUGGAAAUGACUUUGGCUUCACGGUUGUCUACUAUGGUAAGUUUUGAGGUUUUUGGUGAUUUUAAAGGAUUUUUUGACGAAAUGUUUGAAAAAUGACAUUUUUAAAUGAAACGUAAAAUAUAACUUUCAUGUUUUAACUUACAGUACACCUUGUUAUUUUAACAAUCCAAAAAUGUCACUUCCAGGCAAACCUCGGCUUAAUGGACACAAGAAAACAGCAGAUAAUGACAUUGAUUAGCAAUAUUGCACUAGUCCAAGCUCAAGCUAUUGGAGUAUCUUUGGCCGCGUCAUUCUUGGCCAUAGUAACAAGCUUGAUCGAAGGGUAUACGUUCAGUUGGCCUAGGGUAGUGUCCUUGAUGUUGAUUGCUAUAUCUACUGCUUCAAUCGCUUCUCUGAUAUUAUCUACAGUCAUGGUUGUAUUGGCUAUUGUGGCUAGGAAAUGGAAGAUCAAUCCUGACAAUGUUAGCACACCUAUCGCCGCCAUGUUGGGGGAUAUUACUACGUUGGCUUUUAUGGUAUGUUAAUUGCAUAAACUUGUAGUAGUACAUAUACUUAGAACUAUAUUUACAUUUAACGUUGUAGUACAAUGUAUGUUUAUACGUACGUUUAUUGUACUAAAAUAUAGCUUUAGAUAAUAAAACCGACUUUUUCAGAUCCUCCUCGGCACAGUGCUAACUCAAACCUCAGAAAGCCUCUUCAUUUUCCAACUCAUCCUCCUAAUAGUAUUCGUCCUAUCUACAGUAAUAUGGGCCCUAGCUGCCUCUAAAAACCCAGCAACAUACGAAGUACUAAAGCAUGGUUGGUAUAUCAUCAUAUUGGCCAUGGUCAUCAGUUCUUGUGGUGGCUAUGUUCUAAAAAUGGCCAUGACUCACUUCAGUUCACUAGCCGUCUUCCAACCGGUCGUUAAUGGCGUGGGCGGGAACUUGGUAGCUGUGCAGGCUAGUAAGAUAUCUACAUAUCUUCACAGGCAUGGUAAAAAAGGAGUGUUGCCUCAGAAAACGGUAGCCACUUAUGUUUCACCGCUACGGACUUUUGCUUUGAAAGGUGGGUUUGGGUGGGGUAAUGUUGUUGUAGAUAGUAAAAGAUAUUAUUUGUUGGCAGUUUGUUGAAAAAUUAAUGAGCCAUGCUUUAUAGAAAAUUUUUUAAACUUAAUAUGCAAUAUUUCAGAAGAAGAAUCCGUUCACGCUGUAUUGUUGUUGUUAAUGAGUAUUCCUGGACAUUCCAUCUUCCUUACCGUAAUCUCCUUUGUUGAACUUGGUGAUACCUACGAUUGGCAGUUCUACAUUGCUUAUGUUAUCAUUGGCAUGACUCAGGUACGUUUGUUUAAAAAAAUUUAGCUAAAGUAUUGUGUCGUAUGUUGGCAUGUUUAAAUUUACAUAUUAUGUUGUUCAAAUAAUUUUGUGCCUCUUUUUAAAGCAGCUUUUUGGGGUUAAAAGCACAGAGUUACUUGGAAAACGUACAUAUUGUGUAAUUGGCACAUUACACACACUAAAACACAAUUUUUCGUUUUUUAAUAUAAUAUUAUUUUAUGCAUAUCACGACAUAAACUUUAUACCUAUAACAAUAUAUAAAUGUAACUUCUAUUUUAGGUAUCAAUCCUCUUGUACAUAUGUCAGCUAUCUUGUAGAUUAAUGUGGCGAUACAAACUGGAUCCCGACAACAAUGCCAUUCCUUUAUUGACAAGCUUGGGAGACCUGAUUGGUACUUCACUACUGUUCACAAUGUUUUUAGUUCUAAAUCAUAUCGUUCCUAACGUGAUUUUGUCGCUUGAAAGUGAGGAAAUCCCGCUGAAUCAGGACCUCAUGGUAACAUAA